AUGGGAUUAUGUAAGCCGGCAGAUUACAAAGAAAACAAAAGCACAAAAAACAGUGUUUAUGGCGUUUUGCCUUACACAGCUCCUGAAAUUUUGCGAGGGCAACAUUACACCCAAUCUUCUGAUAUUUAUAGUUUUGGUAUGAUCAUGUAUGAGGUGGUUUCGGGAUUUCCUCCUUAUUAUGAUACGGCUCAUGAUGAAUCUUUGGCAUUAAAUAUUUGUCAGGGAUUAAGACCCAGAUUUCAUAUCAAAGUUCCCCAAUUGAUUUUACAUUUAAACAAAAGAUGUUUGGACGCAGAUCCGUUAAAUCGUCCAAAGGCAAGUGAAAUUAGGGAAAUCUUGACCCAAUGGGAGAGACAAAGUAAAGAUAAUCGAACAGAAUUUUUUCAGCAAUUGAAAGCGGCGGAAGAAUAUAAUAAAAAGUUCUCGACCAGUAGUAUACAAUCAUUCGAAUCCUUACAAAUCAACUCUUUUCAAUUGAAAACAAAUGAAUAA